AUGGCUCGUUCAGUCGACACAGAAGCAAUGACCACUCGCGAUCCAAGCAGCAAGCGCGGUGGCUGGAAAACGUUUCCAUUCAUGAUCGCUACAUUGUUAGGACUUUCCAUAGCUUCAUUCGGAUGGGUGAUGAACUUGGUCGUCUUCCUAAUUAAAGAAUUCAACAUCAAGAGCAUCGCUGCUACGCAGAAUUCUAAUAUUGUUAAUGGAUGUGUGAGCAUGUUGCCUGUUGUUGCAGCCAUUCUAGCUGAUUCUUUUUUCGGAAACAUUCCCGUCAUCUCCGUCUCUGCCUUCAUUUCUUUGCUUGGCAUCAUUCUAUUGACCAUGAUUACAUCUUUGGACCACUUGAGACCUCCACCGUGUGAAACAGGGUCAAUUCUAUGCGAAUCGCCAUCAAAACUCCAGCUCGGGAUCUUGUAUAUAGCCUUAGCUCUAGUGAUCAUUGGAUCAGCUGGUACGCGGUUUACCUUAGCAUCCGCGGGUGCAAACCAAUAUGAGAAACCUAAAGAACAAGGAAGCUUUUUCAACUGGUACUUCCUCACACUCUACACUGGAGCUAUUACUGGUGCAACAGCAAUUGUAUAUACACAGGAAAAUGCUAGCUGGAAACUUGGGUUCGGUCUUUGCGCCGUCGCUAAUUUGAUCAGUUUCAUAGUUUUCGUCUCUGGCAAGAGAUACUACAAGCAUGACAAACCAAUGGGAAGUCCCUUCACAAAUCUGAUCCGCGUUGUAGUCGCUGCUACAAGAAAAAGGAAAGCUGUGAUUUCAUCUAGAGAAGAAGACUAUCACCAUGGGCUUGGAAGAGAAGGCAAGACAUCUUCUGCAAUGCCCUCCAAGAGCUUUAGGUUCUUUAACCGUGCAGCAUUGAAAACCGAAGAUGACUCAGUUAAUAACAACUGGAGGCUAUGUUCUGUUCAAGAAGUAGAAGAUUUUAAAGCCGUUUUCCGAGUUCUCCCUCUGUUACUAGCCAUCAUCUUCGUUAGUACUCCCAUGGUGACGCAAACAAGCUUGAUUAUAUUACAAGCUCUAGUCACAGACCGCGGUCUCGGGCCUCACUUCAAAAUCCCGGCCGGGUCCCUCCAAGUCAUAGUAAUCAUCACUGCAUGUAUUGUUAUCUUAAUGAACAAUUGCCUUGUCUAUCCCAUGUACCAGAAGCUAGCCCAUAAGCCAUUGACACCGCUUCAAAAAGUCGGUAUAGGCCACGUUUUCAUCAUUUUAAGCAUGGCGAUAUCCGCCAUUGUGGAAGCAAAGAGGCUGAAAACAGUUACUAAUGGCCAUUCCAUGUCAGUGCUAUGGCUGCACCGCGACUUCAUUGCCUCAGUGGUGAUUGGAAUAUCUUUCUACCUGAGCACAGCUCUGAUCACUCUGAUCCAGAAGACCACCAAGUGGUUACCAAAUGAUAUUAACCAUGGAAGAGUUGACAAUGUUUACUGGCUUUUAGUCAUUGUAGGAGUCUUGAACUAUUUCCUUGUCUGCGCUUGGUUUUACAGAUAUAGAAACCUGAAUGAUGAUGAUGAUCAGGAACAAGAUCCAAAAGACGAUACAACCUAA